CUCCAGUCCCUGCAGAGCCAGCUGGAGUUUGUGGAGCAGUCCAUGGUGGAUAAAUCUCUGGUCAGCAGACAAGAGGCCAAGAUCCGGGAGCUGGAGACCAAACUGGAGUUUGAGAGGACCCAGGUGAAGCGUCUCGAAAGCCUGGCAAAUCGGCUGAAGGAGAACAUGGAGAAGCUGACGGAGGAGCGGGAUCAGCGUGGGGCGUCGGAGAACCGGGAGCGUGAGCAGAACAAGAGGCUGCAGAGACAGAUCCGAGACAUCAAAGAGGAGAUGGGAGAGCUGGCCAAGAAGGAGACGGAGGCCAGCCGCAAGAAGCAUGAACUGGAAAUGGACAUUGAGAGCUUGGAAGCAGCCAAUCAGAGCCUGCAGGUGGAUCUGAAACUGGCCUUUAAGAGAAUCGGGGACUUGCAGGCCGCCAUUGAGGAUGAAAUGGAGAGUGAUGACAACGAUGAUGUCAUUAACAGUUUGCAAGACAUGGUGACAAAGUACCAGAAACGAAAAACUAAAACGUGAGGCUGGAAUCCACACCCCCCUCCUCCAUUUUACUGCAGGAUUUUACCGCAUCUAUUCACCUUGAUUUUAGCAAGGCGCAGCAUCACCCACAGCUCAGGGUCAACUUACUAUGAAUACAGUGAUGUAAUGCACCGACUGCAGCUGUGCAAGGCACCCUGUUUCAGCAUUGCGCUGCAUUUGAAAUAGCAAAGCAAGAGCUUGCAAAGUUUGAAAAGUUAUCACACAGUAAGCGUAGGAAGCUGAAGUCAGUAGUACUGGGCUUCUCUCUGGCAGGUUUUCCUCUUUUUAAAGACUCUUGUGAACCCUUUGUCUUCACUGCCUUGCUUCAGAUGAUCUGAAAGCUGGCUUGUAUUCAGACCCGCUGCUGUUCAGAUCAAUGGAACAGACACUUUUCAUUAGCGGCCCCCUU